AUGAGACUCAAUGAUAUCUUCUUGCACAUUUAUGUUUGCCUGCUGGGCGUCCCCAUUGCUCUUGCUGGACCCUCCUGCUGUGGAACAGACUUUACAAGCAGAGCCUACCAUGACAACCUCUUGAAGGACUACAUUGCCGUCUGGGGUGGUGACAUAUCUCUCAUUGAGGGUACCUUCCACCCCGAUGUUGUGCUUUAUGUCGACCGGUUCCCUUCAGCAAGUGGCAAAGGUAGCUCGGUCACCAACGUGACAAACAAAAGGGAUUUUACUGCUUUGUUGAGCGAUCUCAAGAUCGGCAGAAACAGUAUUAUUUUGAGCCUAUCUGAUCAGUCACGGCAGAGCACUUGA